GCUCACAUGGGUCUAUAAAAGAGGGGGCGGACACCAACUAACCCCCCCCCCCCCAACUACCCAAACGUCAGAGCGUCCUGAACUAUAAAUCUUUCCAAACAGCCCCUCUGCGGCUGGCGCGAUGGUGUGCGCAGACAUAUGCCCAGCUUCAGUCCAACAUGAGGACGAUGCGUGUGGAGAGCUCUGCGUAAACACAGACUGACUUGGAGAAAAAAAUAUGACAAUAUUUAUCAGAAUAUGUUUUGUUUACUAUGGCGAGAUGGGUAAGAAAUAUUGGAGAUUCUGGAAAAGGUGCGAUUGAACUAUUUUACCAGGAGGCAAACGAGCGUUAAAAAAACAUCCUCCGGCGCUUUUCUCACUUGUUGGAGACGCUGAUGUCUUCAUUGGACUUUUCUCGGUUGGAGAUGGUGGAGCUCUCUCGGAUUUCCAGCGUGGAAACGUAGCAUCCAAUUAAUCAGCGACUGCAACUGUACUCCGCGACCUGCAGAGACACUUUGGUCCACCGUCUUCAGAGACGCAUGGUUCGUUCGGAGCCCUACGCUGGAAUACAGACAACAUAUCUGGCGCAAACCUUUCCUGCGCCAUUUGGACUUAUACUGGUUUAAAAUAAAUCUCCAUUUGGAGAUUCUGACAUGAUUUACACAGUUAAGUCAACUGGGGACACUCUUGGAGUUACGCUUUCUGUUUGGAUUUUACUAUAAACCACUGAGAUAAUUUUAGGUCUGCAUGGGCCAUAUUUAAGCUUUCAUCAUUGGAACUGAGUCUAAGAUGAAGUUAUGGGAUGUUCUGGCCACGUGUUUCUUGCUCCUGACCUCCGUUGCUACACGGCCUCUCUACCAAAACACUCAGCCAGCCAAGAGGACUCCCUUCUCCAGCAGCUACCGUGAUUCUGGGUCUCUAUCUGUGGAAGACGAAGAACCACUGUUCCAGGGUGAAGUGCAAAACCUGCAGGAGAUCUCCAUGGAGGAUCAUUAUGACACGAUAGCUCCCUACCCAAACCAGUUUGAGGACGUGAUGGAUUUUAUCGAGGCUACCAUUGGCAGACUGCGGAGGUCAUCGGACACUAGCGGGAGCACCGGAGGACGGAGAGAGCAGAGACAGAGAGGAGCAACAAAAACAAGAAGCACAAAAGAUGAGAGAAGAGGGCACGGGGGGAAGAGGAAGGGUCGAGGCCGGGCAGGAGGCCGAGGAGGCAAGGGAGGGGAGAGAGAGAGGGAGAGGAUAUCUGUACAGAGUCGUGGCUGCUUACUUAAGGAGGUCCAUCUCAAUGUGACGGAUUUGGGGUUGGGGUACCAGACUAAGGAAGAGCUGAUCUUCCGGUACUGUAGCGGACCCUGCAUUGAGGCAGAGACCAACUAUGACAAGAUCCUAAAUAACCUCACACACAACAAAAAGCUGGACAAGGACACACCCUCUCGCACCUGCUGUCGACCGAUCGCGUUCGAUGACGAUUUGUCUUUUUUAGAUGACAAUGUCGUGUAUCACACAUUGAAAAAGCAUUCAGCUCGAAAGUGUGGCUGCGUCUGAGAAAGUGAGAAAAGCAUGACAAAAUGCUGCAGCCAACUUUGGAUCGUUUUAGCAGAUGCUGCAGACAGAGGCAUUGCAGUGAGACAUGUGCACUGGAGGUCAGAAGGUGUUGCCUCAUAUUUGUCAGCUGGUACCAAGAUGAGACAAAGUGGAGAGCAUUGAGAGCUUCUGAGAGACAAUGGAACUGCUGGGCUAAAACAAAACAACCUGCACCAAUUUACAUACGAUAUUCCAGUUUGUGCAUAAAGGUUCCAGUUCACAGCAGAUUGAAUACUGUUACACUAACAGAGUGUGGUCAAAAAAAGAAGAUGAAGGAAAACUGUGAUUUUGCAGGAGGAUAUCUUUCCCUGGGAGUUACGUCUUUUCAUAGGUGGCUGGAUGAACCCCGAGAUUUUAAGGGGAACUCUCUCAGUUGUAGUCAAAAUCACUUCCACUGCAAAGUCUGGAUGUUGACAUUCAGAGCCAAGGAAUACACACUGAGGCGCAGCAAAGACUGGUGCAAAACAUUUACAUAAGAAAAUUAACAUAUUAAC